CCGAGUCGGCGCGAGGCGGCGGCAGCAGCAGCCGGUGCGCGAGCGGCGUGAAGCCGCCGGGAGGAAGUGGCGGGUGAUGCAGCUCCACAGCUUUCCGGUGUAGCAGCACUGCGACCAGCUCGACUCACCGGAGAAAGACGAGAGCUGGCUGUAUGUAUCGCGACGGGAGGGGGAGAUCGGAGGGGGAUAAGAAGAGGAGUUGCGCGAGUGGACGCACGUGUUGCUGAGUCACCGAGGAGUUAUUUUCAGAGACCAGGCGGCGGGGUGAAGUUACCCGGCGCGACGCUUUCUGGACUCGCCACUGAAAGCUGCUUUUCUCCCCCGGCAGCGGUGAAGAGAACAAGGGCGCACCCGAUGUGGAGGACCGGACUCCAGAAGGAACUCACGAGCACCGCGGCCUCCUCGGGGCCUUAUCGACACACGGCGGCUGCUCCCUGCACAUUUUAACCGCCACGGCCUGUUUUUGACACGCAUCUUUAUGUCGAUUUUUGGGCAAAAAAAUGAACGUCAAGCAACAGCUGCUGCCAAGUUCUUCGUCUAACGUGCCAUGUUGCGUGUAGGGCUUGCACACACGGUGAUACUUUGAACAUACAUGUCCCAGCACACAUACUUUCAAGCAAAAAAACACAUUAAGUACUGUUAGGUUUUAACAUGAGUGUGCAUUUUUGACUUCCCACCCCACCAUAUGCUGAGUCAUGUUUUCUGAAGUAAGCCCAUAAACUGAAGCUGUAACAAGUGAAUAAUCAACCUUUUUUCCCCCCCUUCUUGUUAGUCAACGUAUUUAUGCACAAUAGUUAAAAAUGGGCAAAGUGCUGUCUAAAAUAUUCGGCAACAAGGAGAUGAGAAUAUUAAUGCUCGGACUUGAUGCUGCGGGAAAGACGACAAUCCUCUACAAGCUGAAACUCGGACAGUCCGUCACCACGAUCCCCACGGUCGGCUUCAACGUGGAGACCGUCACCUACAAGAACGUCAAGUUCAACGUGUGGGACGUCGGGGGGCAGGAUAAGAUUCGCCCUCUGUGGCGACACUACUACACGGGCACGCAGGGGUUAAUCUUCGUGGUGGAUUGCGCGGACAGGGACCGCAUCGACGAGGCGAGGCAGGAGCUCCACCGCAUCAUCAACGACCGGGAGAUGAGGGACGCCAUCAUCUUGAUAUUCGCCAAUAAGCAAGACCUUCCGGACGCCAUGAAGCCGCACGAGAUCCAGGAGAAGCUCGGAUUGACCCGCAUCCGAGACCGGAAUUGGUACGUUCAGCCGUCCUGUGCGACCACAGGUGAUGGACUGUAUGAGGGCCUGACCUGGCUGACCUCGAAUUAUAAAUCUUAAUGAUUGAGUGCUGACUGUUUUAGGUCAAAGCUAUAAUAACGUUGCAAGUAACACGUAACUUCUCAAAAGUGAACAUGGUUAAGAGAAUGUUGAUUAUCUCCCAUUUAUUUGUAAUACGUUUACCCCGUGACUAAUUUAUCUUUUACUGGGUUUGCUGGCUUAAAGUUCGCUUGUCCUCUGUAGCGGGCCUGUGUCACAUUCGUUAUCUCUGGGUUUCCUCGAUGAUAUUGAAGUAAUUGGUCCUAAUGUUAAAGCCAGAGCCUAUUCUUUGCCCCGUUUGUAUGGUUUUCAAAUGAAUCUGAAGCUUUUGUCUUCGUUCUGGGACUAAAGCCGUCUUCACGGUCCUUAAGUCCCUGUUGCAUUGAACUUGAGUCUCUUUUUUUCUUUCUGAUGAGAUCUUUAAUGUCACAGUAUACUUGAAGGACUCUGACAUCUAUUUGAACACCGUAUUGUGAUGAAAAGGAUUUCUUAAUGGUAUUGAGAGCUGCGAGGGGGGAAAAAAACUAAAAUAAUUGUCCAUUGCUCACAUGUCAUUGUCAUCAGAGAAGCCAAACCACGUGAGACAUGAUCUGAGAGCCCUCCCAAUCCCCCUCUGGGCUCUAUAUUUUACCGAUUGACCUUCCGUGUCAUGUCUUGAUACCUUAUUGUGCUGAAUAUUUAAAAAAAUAGCCCUCCAAUAACUCUUAAACAUGCUUGUCGGGAUGCAUUUUUUAUUUUGGGUAAUGUAGUAAGUUGACUCGAAGGAAUGUUCUUCAGCGCUGAGCUUUCUAAAUCUGACACCACAGUUGAUUAGUCUCAGUGUUGGGACAUUAUACGAUAGCCUAUAUCUGUAGCAUGAGUACGAGAGUACAGUCACCCCACAUCCGAGUCCAUCUGUCGUGCGGUCGGACGGAGCUGUUUACUGGGGAAGUGUUGAAGACGCCCUGGGGUGCAGCUCUCGUUUUGACUGGGGGAACCAUGUACAGAACAAUGUCAUUGUAAUGUCUUAUUAAAAAAGUGAUUUUAAAUCUU